UCUGGUACACUAUAUGUCAACUUGAGGCAUUUGGGACGUAGCCGCUGUGCUCGCUGAUCUACAGCGUACUGCCCCACCGUUUCUAUACCAGUGACUAUAAUAAACGGGGUUACGGCAGCGGCUCGAAAGCUUCAUUUAUUUUCUUCCUUCGGUAUUAAGUUCAAACAAAGUCACCAAGACUGUUCAGUAAUAGUUUGUAUGCGUUUUAAACAUAUGCCAAGUCUAUUUUGAUAAACAUGCGGUGAAUACAUCUUGUACAAAAGAGUUUUUUUAAGCAAACCCCCGCUAGCAUUAGCUAACUGCUCGACGGCUAUAUACGACUGAUUUAUUCUAAUCGUUGGUUAAUUCUUAUGAAAAAUAUUUAGUGUUUUGGAGAAUGGUUUAUGAAGUGACGCAGUUCUACUAUUUAACGCAUGUGACUGCAAAUCACAGGAGGCGGACGGGCGUGCGCGCGCGCGCGUGUGUUUAGUUUAGUUAGCUUAGCCACACAAACGCGUUUCCUCCAGCUGCACGCGCCCUCGGCGGCUUCACUCAGUGCGCUAUGGCGGAGGGAGGUGGACCCGAGCCGGGUAACGCCGCGGAGCCCGUCGCGGAACCCGUGCCUGCUCAAACCCCGCUUCCUUCAAUCGAUAGUCAAAAGCAGACCAUCGGAGCUCUUCUGAAAACUACACUCCGAAAAGGAGACGAAUGGUUUUUGAUUGACAGUCGAUGGUUCAAACAGUGGAAAAAAUAUGUGGGCUUUGAUAGCUGGGAUUUGUACAACGUCGGAGAACAAAAUUUGUAUCCUGGACCCGUCGACAACUCUGGCCUUUUUUCAGACCAGGAGACCCAAGCGCUGAAGGAACAUCUCAUAGAUGAGUUAGAUUAUGUCCUAGUGCCUACAGAAGCAUGGCGAAACCUUGUCAGCUGGUACGGAUGUCUAGAAGGACAGCGGCCCAUCGUCAGGAAGGUGGUCGAGCAUGGCAUGUUUGUGAAGCAUUGUAAAGUGGAAGUCUAUCUGUUGGAGCUGAACCUGUGCGAGAAUGACAACAUGGACAACGUGGUCACUCGCCAUUUCAGUAAAGCUGACACUAUUGAUACCAUUGAGAAAGAGAUGAGGACUCUCUUUAAUAUCCCAUCAGAAAAGGAGACUCGGUUGUGGAACAAGUACAUGAGUAACACUUACGAGCAGUUAAACAAGCCUGACAGCACUGUUCAGGAUGCCGGGCUUUUUCAGGGCCAGGUACUUGUGAUUGAGAGUAAGAAUGAGGAUGGCACGUGGCCCAGACAAGCCUCCCAUCCCAAAUCCAGUACAGCCACCUCUAGGACUUUCACAACGUCACCGAAGCUAUCCUCCAAUUCCUCUGCCACCAUUUCUUCCACAGUGACCAAUGGAGACAGCAGCAGCAGCAGCAACUCGAGCUACAUGCUGAACAACAGCACCUCGGGUGGAAUCAGGUUGGGAGGGUACAGCUCAUACAGCUCAUCCUACAGUUACAGAGAGCCUGCUUCUCAGCCUGGCCUGUGCGGCCUCAGCAAUCUGGGCAACACCUGCUUCAUGAACUCUGCACUCCAGUGUCUGAGCAAUUCGCCUCCACUGACUGAAUAUUUUCUGGAGGACAAAUAUGAAGCCGAGAUCAACCGAGAGAAUCCUUUAGGAAUGCGUGGGGAAAUCGCUGAGGCCUUUGCAGACUUGAUCAAACAGAUGUGGCUCAGCCGGAGCAGCUAUGUGGCUCCACGUACUUUUAAAACGCAGGUUGGCCGUUUUGCCCCUCAGUUCUCAGGGUACCAGCAGCAGGACUCUCAGGAGCUUCUGGCCUUCUUGCUUGAUGGCUUACAUGAAGACCUGAACCGUGUCAAGAAGAAGCCUUACUUGGCCUUGAGAGAUGCAGAGGGCAGGCCAGAUGAGAUUGUGGCUAAAGAGGCAUGGACAAACCACCGGCUACGUAACGAUUCCAUCAUUGUGGAUAUCUUCCAUGGCCUGUUCAAGUCCACGCUGGUCUGCCCAGAGUGCUCCAAAGUGUCAGUCACUUUUGACCCUUUCUGCUACCUCACCUUGCCACUGCCCAUGAAGAAAGAUCGCACCAUGGAAGUGUUCCUGGUCCGCAACGACCCUCAGUCCAGACCCAUGCAAUUUCGUUUGGUGGUCCCUAAACUAGGUAUAGUGGCAGACCUGUGCAGCUCGUUAGCCAAGCUAUCUGGAGUUCCUGCAGAGAAUAUGAUUGUGGCUGAUGUUUACAAUCACAGAUUUCAUAAAAUUUACAGAAAGGAUGAAGGUCUCAACCACAUCAUGGAAAAAGAUGACAUCUUUAUCUACGAGGUUUCUGAGGAGGACAGUGAGCGGAUGAAUCUGCCAGUAUACUUCAGGGAGAGAGAUGUGAAGCACAGCGGAGGCUCCUCGUGCACCAUGCUGUUUGGUCAACCACUCCUCAUCACGGUUCCUCGCCACAAUCUCUCACCAGACACACUGUAUGAGCGUGUACUUGAGAGAAUUGGGCGUUAUGUGAAGCACUCACAGGGUACCAUAAUGGAGAGCAGAGUGUUCGCUACAGCCACAUCCUCUAGUAGCCAUUCAGACCGAGGAGAUUUAGCGUCUAGCCACAAUGCAGGGUUAAGUAGCUGUAGCAGCCCAAUGUCCAAUGGGGCAUCCAGCAGUGCUUGUUCUACCACUGGCAGCAACCACUCUGACACAUGCAAUGGGCCCAAUGGAGUGUGUGAUGGUGAAGAGGAAGCUAUGGACCACCAACUGAGCCCGGAUCCAGAAAGCAGCCAGUCACAGACUGUAGAAGGGGUGGACGAGACCUCGGAGCCUGAGAACGGACCCGUUCCUACCACUGGAAAGACUUGUUCUUCUCGACCUAAACUUUUCUCCUUUAGCAUGGUGAACUCCUAUGGCACGGCUAAUAUCAGUCCCUUAGCUGGCAACGUCCUCAAACUCACACCACAUUCCACAAUAGCCAUUGACUGGGACUCAGAAACCAAAAGACAGUGCUACAACGACCAGGAGGCAGAGGCUUACGAGAAACAUGAGAGCAUGAUGCAAGCGCAGAAAAAGAAGGCCACGGUGGCUCUGAGGGAAUGCAUCGAGCUCUUCACUACCAUGGAGACUCUUGGAGAGCACGAUCCAUGGUACUGCCCCACCUGUAAGAAGCACCAGCAGGCUACGAAAAAGUUUGAUCUGUGGUCACUACCCCGCAUUCUGGUGGUUCAUCUGAAACGCUUCUCUUACAACCGCUGCUGGAGAGACAAACUGGAUACUGUCGUCGAUUUCCCCAUCAGGGAUCUGAACAUGUCUGAAUUUGUCUGCGACCCUAAAGCUGAGCCAUAUAUAUACGACCUUGUUGCUGUCUCUAACCACUAUGGAGGAAUGGGUGGAGGCCACUAUACUGCAUAUGCUAAGAAUAAGGCUGACAGAAAAUGGUAUUACUUUGAUGAUAGCAGUGUGUCCUCUGCCUCUGAGGAUCAGAUAGUGACUAAGGCAGCCUAUGUGCUUUUCUACCAACGGCGAGACGGAGAGGGUGCAUCCAGAACCACUCCCUCUGCAUCGCUCGGAGGAGCUUCAGAUUCUCCCGAUGACCACAUGGACACCAACUGACUCUCAUUAGGCACGGGCACUGAAAUAAAAGCUUAAUAAAAGAACAAGCGAUCAUUGAUUCACAUCCCAGGUUUUUCAGUGCUUUGACACAGGAAGUCCAGCAUUUUGUGCUUUUAGCUUCCUCCACUUAUUUUCCAUGCGUAAAUAAGUUCCAUGAGGAUAAAUAAAAAAAACACAAUAAGAAGGAAAAUAAAUAAAUGAGAAUUUUAGUUUUAAUUGUGACCUGACUUUUUCCCUGCACUGCUCUAUUAGUUUAAACUAGAAACAAAAUAAAAAUUCAGUCUUGCUUCAUGUCAAAAGUUUAAAAAUGUUUCAUCAACUGCUUUGCAAUGAAAGUAAAUUAUUUUGUCACCCAGUAGAAUACAGAAAGAAGCCAAAUGUUUUGUGCUACAUCAACCAAAGUCGUACGGGUCGGUGAUGUUUAAGAUUGCCAAGACAGGGGAAAUGUAUGCAAAAUUAGGAUGUUUAAUUCUUUCCCCUCUAUAGUCUCCCAUUACACUGAAAUUGUUUAGUUAAAUGUGCCUCUUGUGAGGAAUAGUGUCUUCUCAGAAAAAUCCUUUUGUCCAUUAAACCUUUAAAAGGAGGCUUUUCUUAACUGACUCUCCACCUGAGAUUUCAGUUGAGUCUUUAACACGUACUUCACUCUGAAGCUUGAUGCCUGGAGUGCAUAGCAUAGGCCAAACUAUAGCUAAAGUUGUGAAGAAGAUGAUUACACUGCUGAUCUUUUUAUUAUUGUGCUGCUCUCUGAAAUGUUAGCACUAGCUGCCUUUUUGCCCCAAGAACUGUUAAAAGGGGGCUCGUGUGAGUGGAUUUAGUUUUACGUUUAGUGGUACACUUACAUAUCCAGCUUGUUUGAAAGGCACUGAGGUUUAUAAUACAUGCCAUUGUUUGGUUGAGACCACGUUUGCAAUAUUCGAUGCUUCUGAUUGAACUCUUCCACUUUGGUGAAAUUUUAUGUCAUUAUUUUUAUUUGCUUUUUGUUUUGGGACUUUCUGCUCGCCUCCCAGGCCAGAUCGAGAGGCGCGUCGAGCCACUGCUCGAGAGUGGUGCUAAAUUUGAGACUUGAAAAGGCUGCAGCUCUUGGCAGGAAACUUUAGGUCGAUGCUAUGUAGAGGCUUUACACGUUCACUAAAUGCGAUAUUACUCUGUCCUACCUGCCACCCUGUACAUUUUCAAUUUGCUCUCAUCGGUUGCAGGAUUAUUUGCAUUUUAUACAUUCUGGGAGAAUGUUAAGAAUGUACCAUCAGUAUGCAUCACUGAUCUUAUGCUUUUUUUGUGGAAUAGCAGCAUGCACUUGUCUUGAAAAAUUGUUGGUCAGUCCCCAUGUGUUUAUCUCUUGUCAGUCUGACAUGCUGAGAUAAGUACAUGCUUGAUUUCCUGCUACAAUAUUGUACAACAUGGAGCCUAAAAUAAUGAUAUACUGGCCAAUGCAUUUUUUUCUUCUUUUUUAAAAUGCCGCAUUGUCAGAAUAACAUCCGUUUAAAAAGAUUCAUUUUCAGAGAUGUUGCCUAGAUGUAAAUAGUCAUGUACUAUCUGCAAAAUAGGAGAUCUUCUUUGUGUUCUGAUAUUUAUCAUGGCAAUAUGUGCAAGGGUUUUGAAAACAAUGAAAUCAAAAAGACAAUAAAGAAUUGAAGCCUAA